CCGCCUCCCCGACUGCGCCCAUGUCCCAGUACGCCCCCGGCUCGGGUCUCGUCAAGGGGGCUCUGGGCGGCAGCAGUCCCGAGGCCAACACGGAGGAUGACAAGACCGAGGAGGACCCGCCCAUGCCCAAGAACUACCUGUGGCUCACCAUCAUCUCGUGCUUUUGCCCCGCGUACCCCAUCAACAUCGUGGCCCUGGUCUUCUCCAUCAUGUCUCUGAACAGCUACAACGAUGGGGAUUACGAAGGAGCCAGGCGGCUGGGGCGGAACGCCAAGUGGGUGGCCGUCGCUUCCAUCAUCAUCGGCCUCCUCAUCAUCACCAUCUCCUGCGUAGUGCACUUCACAAGGAAGUAAGUCGCCAACACUAAAACCAAAGGGGCAGCGUGUCUUCCUCACACGGC